GCGGGCAGGCUCCGCACCUGGCGUCCUGAGGCGUGUUGCUGCUUCCUUGCAGGGUGUCUUUUAUGAAUAAUCAAAAGCCGCAGAAGCCGACGCUAUCAGGCCAGCGUUUUAAAACUAGAAAAAGAGAUGAAAAAGAGAGGUUUGACCCUACUCAGUUCCAGGACUGUAUUAUUCAAGGUUUAACUGAAACUGGCACUGACUUGGAGGCGGUAGCAAAGUUUCUUGAUGCGUCUGGUGCAAAACUCGACUAUCGCCGCUAUGCAGAAACGCUUUUUGACAUCCUGGUGGCUGGUGGAAUGCUGGCCCCAGGUGGUACCCUGGCAGAUGACAUGACACGCACAAACGUCUGUGUAUUUGCAGCACAGGAAGACCUAGAAACCAUGCAAGCAUUUGCUCAGGUUUUCAACAAGCUAAUCAGGCGUUACAAGUACCUGGAGAAAGGCUUUGAAGAUGAAGUCAAAAAGUUGCUUCUGUUCCUGAAAGGGUUCUCAGAGUCUGAGCGGAACAAACUGGCCAUGUUGACGGGUAUCCUGCUAGCCAACGGGACGCUUAAUGCAUCAAUUCUCAACAGUCUUUACAAUGAGAACUUGGUUAAAGAAGGUGUUUCUGCAGCUUUUGCAGUCAAGCUGUUCAAAUCAUGGAUAAAUGAGAAAGAUAUUAAUGCAGUGGCUGUCAGUCUUCGUAAAGUAAACAUGGAUAACAGGCUGAUGGAACUCUUCCCAGCCAACAAACAAAGUGUUGAACACUUCUCCAAGUACUUCACUGAAGCAGGACUAAAAGAACUUUCCGAGUAUGUUCGGAACCAGCAAACCAUAGGAGCUCGGAAGGAGCUGCAGAAAGAGCUUCAGGAGCAGAUGUCACGGGGAGAUCCCUUCAAGGAUAUAAUAUUGUAUGUGAAGGAAGAGAUGAAGAAAAACAACAUCUCAGAACAGACUGUGGUAGCCAUAAUCUGGUCAAGUGUAAUGAGCACCGUGGAAUGGAACAAAAAGGAGGAGCUGGUAGCAGAGCAAGCCAUUAAGCAUUUGAAGCAAUACAGCCCUCUACUUGCUGCCUUUACUACCCAAGGUCAGUCAGAGCUGACUCUUCUGUUGAAGAUUCAGGAGUAUUGUUAUGACAACAUUCACUUCAUGAAGGCCUUCCAGAAAAUAGUGGUACUCUUCUAUAAAGCUGAAGUGCUGAGUGAAGAACCCAUCCUGAAGUGGUAUAAAGAUGCACAUCUUGCAAAAGGGAAGAGUGUUUUUCUGGAGCAAAUGAAAAAAUUUGUGGAAUGGCUCAAGAAUGCUGAAGAAGAGUCGGAGUCGGAAGCAGAAGAGGGUGACUGACCUGUGAACCCCUGUCCUCAGUAAAGCAAACAGGAGCUGUAGAUAAGUGUCAUGUCUCAUGUGUCCUUCUGAUUCUUACAUCCUACCUCCCUGUAUCAAGCAUGAUAUAAGGGCUCUCAUGGCAAUUUAUUUUAACUGUUUUCUAUAGUUAUUGAAAUACUGGGUUUAGUUUUUAAAACCAUGUUUUAAGUAGCUUACAGGAGCUAUUCUAGAUUUUACUCUAACCUGCAUUUGUCCUUUCAGUUAUAUUCUACCUCCUGUAUUUUCUACUGUAAUAAUGUAAUUUAAGGCCUUCCACAAUGAAAUCCAUUUUACCCCUUGGGUUUUCUAUCUAUAUUUGAGGAGACAUGAUAUGGUGAAUGAAAUUUCUGGCAGUUCUGUUUGCAAAUUAAACUGUAAAAAAGCCUUGAAAGUGAAGAGGCCAGUGGCUUGUGUGGUAACUUGGUGUGAUGCUAAAGUCCAUUCCACUUUCUUCAGCUCCCCCCAUUUAGUUCCUACCUGGCUGUCCAUCUCCCCAGGGCUGCCUCCUCUCUGUACUAGCCCUUGAAAGCAAUCUUCUAGCCCAGCUGCUGGGCAUGGCACCUGCCUUGCUGUUGGGAGCUCCCUGUCCUGCUGGCAGGGGUGGUGGGGGGCAAAAAGCAGUACCUGCUGUGGGGUACAGGGAGUGGCACAGCAGAGGGUGGUGUCUGCCUUGUGGCCAGGUUGGGGUUUAGGGCUGUGGCACUUGUCUCCAAGCAGGGCCAAGAGGCCCUUACAUUCUUCCCCAGGCUCUGGGAAUAGUGACGACUGGAAAGGAAGGCAGACUAAACUCUAACCCUCCCCAUGACAUUUUGAAAUCAUUCUGUGCUGGCAGAUGACAUGUUAAACCAGUUUGUCUGCUCCCUAAAACUUUGAAUUCUCAAUGGAAAUUCUCAGGACAGCUCAGAAUUUGAGACAGAUUUGGUAAAAAGAGUAGUCUAUGCUAUUGAAGGUAAUAACAUUAAGUGAAAUACUGGUACGCUGAGUACACCUGAUAAAGAUUUAAAAAAAAAAGGUGAUCGCAACACAAUCUGUUCAAUAUUAUGGUAACCUACCUUUGUAACUUUUUUUUUAAACAAAUAAAGGACAUCAUUACAUUUAUGUCAAGUGCUGCCUCUGUUCUCUUACCCAAAAAUGAAGCAUCAGAGACGGAAAAGGGUAAAAAUCAGUACUAGGACUUUUGUUAUUCUGAUGACAGCUGAAGACAACAAUUAAAAUAGUCCUUUCUUGCUGUUAGGAGGCCUAGUUUAGAGAGCAGGGGGUGACCUAUUCCACGUGUU